AAAUGUCCGUUGCCUGAUAAAAAGACAGUUUCUUUUUCGUCAAUAUUUCUUAAUACAUUCUGACUCUACUAUAUCAAUUAUUAAUACCUUUUUCAACUUAUACAUAAUUAUACAAUAACUGUAAUACCAUGGGCGUUAUCAAGGUGAAUAUUUUUAUGCUAUACAAGAGGACUUGCUAGGUUUAGUAAUGUAAAGCUAAUUCUACUUUCUAUGUGUUCAUUUCUUAACAAUGAUAGAACGGUCAACCAGUUCAUGAUCUCAAUCAGUUGAUGGCGCAAGCAACAGCUAUAGCAGCAAAGCAAGAUGCGAAAUUGAUGGAACGCGCCAGAGAAAGACGUCGUCAGCUUGAAGCAAAAAUGCGUGAAGAAGAACGGUUGAAGCAUGAGAAAGCAGCCGCAGAAGCCAGGCAAAAAUUAAUUGAGGAGAAGAAAAGACAACAAGCCUUAGAACAGAAAAAACAACAGAAGCGACUUGGUACACAUAAAGCAACCUAUUCUGCAGCACUUAAGCCCAAAACGGGCCUCUCUUCAAGCGUACAAAAGAAAGUGCCUUCAGUAACAUUACUAGCCGAAAAGAAGAAACCUGUGCAUAUGUCCUUUGACGAAUUAAUGCGCAAGGCGAAAGAGCAAUCAACCGUUAAUGUUAAAAAAACUGGUAUAAAGUCCCCAAUAUUGCCCUCAGCAAGAAAGCAAUCAGCUUCACCACCUCACAAUAAAGAAAAGAAUACCCCCAGUAUAUAUCUUCGUCGCAAGCCUACCGCUUCCUCGAUCUCAUCUGUUCAAGCGUCAACUAAUAAUAGCGGCAACAGCAGCAGUACUCUUUCUGCUAGAGAAAGAGCCAAACAACUAUCUUUAGAACCUCCUAAGAAGAUUAUUUCACAAAAACGAGAUCGGCAAUCUAUUUCAGAAGUUCAACGCAGCCUACGGCACGCGAAAGGUAUAUUUUCUGAUGAUGAAGAUGACAUCAAUAAUACGAAACCCAGAGAUAGACGAUUAAUGCCACGUCGUGGUUCAGAUUCUGCAGCAUCAGCACAUGUACCAACAUCUAAAGCAUAUACCAGCGGUAGCAGUUUCCGCGCAUCAGCAGCAGCAGCAGCAGCAGCAGUAGCACCUUACUCUCAUUCACUGGUCAAUAAAAAAUCUUCGGCCUCAUCUCUAUCAUCAGCUGAGCGACGCAAGCGUCCUCUAUCACCAUUAGCCUCUCAAUCAAGAAAUUCAAAUCCCUCCACAGUUCCUUUCUCAUCAAAUGCCAACAGAUACUCUUCCGCAGCACUCAAUAAAAAACCAUCACAAACGCUUAAGAGAAAUACCUCAGCUACAGCAUCCACAUCCCUAUCUUCAAGAUUACCAUCGACAUCAGCAGCACCUAUCCGUCGUAUGCCAUUUACUGGUAAGCCUAUAGGUGCACCCGCUCGUACAGCAAGCAACAAACGUCGUCAUCGUGAUUACGAAGACGAAGAAGAAGACGAAGAACUGGCGUCUUUUAUCGUUAGUGACGACGAUAUCGAUGAAGACCCUGUUUAUACUAGUGACCAUUCGCGUAAAGCCAUUUCAAAUGAAAUUAGCAAAAUCUUUCGUUAUGAUCGGUCAAAAUACGCAAAUGAACCUGUCUUUUCUGAUGACGAUAUGGAAGCUAACGCAAGUGAAGUUCUCAGAGAAGAAAAACGUAGUGCACGUAUUGCUAGACGUGAGGAUUUAAUUGAGGAACAGAAAGAACUUGAACGAUUAAAGCGUCGCAAGAAGAAUAAUGUACAUUAGAAAAGUCUUGACCUUUCCCCCCCCUCAUAUCACUAUCUUACCGCUCGCUUGCUCAGCAUGCUGUAAGAUUCAUCUAUUACUUAUCCAGUGAAAACAGUUGAACUUUUACUACGUUUGUGCUAUUGACAACUUAAUAAAGUUAAAAGAAGAUAGUGUUUUAUGUUUCCUUGUA